UGUUUGUUUUUAUAUAUAAGUAACCGUGAGGGGGCGGAGCCACGCAGGAGCCGCAGACUGCGGAACCGGAAACCGCAGCGUCGCUUCGUCUCCUCGAAGAUUCCUGAGUAUCUUCUUCAAGAGGUGUAGGAUCUGGUUUCUGACAUCCUUAGACAAGUUGAUGCAGUCAGGGGGAAAGAGAGAGACCAGCAGGAUGAAUGCUCACUGAGCCAGUAACUGCCCUCAAGCUACACAAAAUAUUAGAUUUUGACAGGUGUACCUAUUUUAAAGAUCCUGGAGGUUUGAUUCCUCGUCCCCCCGCCCGCCAGACACCAUGUCGACCUCCAUGCUCCGCAGACAACUGAAGAACCUGGUCCAGAACUACUCUGAGGCUGAGGUCAAGGUGAGAGAGGCGACAUCUAAUGACCCAUGGGGCCCAUCCAGCUCUCAGAUGGCUGACCUCUCUGACCUGACUUACAAUGUGGUCGCCUGCAACGAGAUCAUGACGAUGCUCUGGAAACGCCUAAAAGACGACAAGAACUGGAGACACAUCCACAAGUCCCUGACACUGCUGGAGUACCUGUUGAAGACUGGUGACGAUCGUGUGCUUCUGAAAAUGAAAGACAACGUCUACAUCGUGAAAGCUCUCACAGAGUACCGCUUUAUAGAGAAGGAUGGCAAAGACCAGGGUGGAAAUGUCAGAGAAAAAGCCAAGGUUGUCCUUGUUCUCAUGGAGGAUGAUGACAAACUAAAGGAAGAACGAGACUUUGCUGUCAAGACCAGAGAGAAGACGUCAAAAGGUGCUGCUGCCUCAUCAACGGACGCUGUCAAGGAUCCCAACUACAAGCCGGUCUUCGUUGCCGGGGCAUCGGGCCUUCCCUGCUUAGACAACAUACCCUCAGUGGCAGACUUGGCUGCUUCUUUCAAUGCCCGCAAAGAGGAGCGGCUUAAACAGGAAGCUGAGAAGAAAGACGCAGAGAGGAGGGCCAAACUGAGUGAAGAUGAGCUGCAAUGGGAGGAUGCAGGCAAAUCCACUGGGGAUAAAGUAGAAGCUUGGGGAGGCGAUAAAGAUGAGGACAGCGAAAAGGAGGAGGACGUGGAACCAGACCCAUGGGGAGCCCCCAAAGAACCAAAAGAGGCCACUGAUCCAUGGGGCACACCCGCAAGACCUGCCACAACUGACACAGUAGCCAGCAGUGAUCCAUGGGGGGCUCCAACCAAAACUGAUGAAGAUACAUUUGCAGCUCCAAAAACCAAAGAAGAUCCAUUCGCAGCACCAAAGAACGGGGAAGAUCCUUUUGCAGCACCAAAAGAUGGGCCGGACCCAUUUGUGGUGAAAAAUGAUUCAGAUCCCUUCAGUGCACCGAAAGAUACUUCGGACCCCUUCAAUGCACCUAAAGACAAGGAGGAUCCAUUUGCUGCUCCAAAAGAUAAACCAGAUCCCUUCAGUUCAUCUAACAAUGAUCCAUUUAAUGCACCUAAAGAUGACCCAUUUAACACCCCAAAAGAAGACCCAUUUAACACCCCAAAAGAUGAUCCCUUUAAUACCCCAAAAGAUGAUCCCUUUAAUACCCCAAAAGAUGAUCCCUUUACUGCACCUGCAUCAACACCCCCAAAAGAAGACCCAUUUAACUCCCCAAAAGAUGAUCCUUUCAACGCCCCAAAAGAUGAUCCUUUCAACGCCCCAAAAAAUGACCCAUUCAACACCCCAAAAGAUGACCCAUUUAACACCCCAAAAGAUGAUCCAUUUAACACCCCAAAUGAUGAUCCCUUUACUGCACCUGCAUCAACACCCCCGAAAGAAGACCCAUUUGCAGCACUGACACCUGCUCAAGAUGACCCCUUUGCUGCUCCCACAACGCCACCCAAAGAGGAUCCUUUCUCGGCACCAUCCAUACUUACUGAAGUUGAACCCAUAGCCGCAGCAACAACACCACCUAAAGAAGAUCCUUUCUCAGCGCCAUCCAAACCUGUAAAAGAUGACCCCUUCAGCUCACCAACAACACCCCCUAAGGAGGACCCAUUCGCAGCCCCCUCCAGCCCACCAAAAGAUGAGGCCUCAGAUCCCUUCAAUGCCCCUCUGGUGAGCCCAACGGCAGGCAGUGCAGAUGCGUGGGGAGCCCCUGCCACUUCUCCAUCCGCCAGUGGGUCAGAUCCUUGGGGGACCUCAUCCCCUCCACAGGUGAAAGCAACAGAAGGAGAUCUCUGGGGAGAUGGGAAAAGCGCUUCCUCUCCACUUGAUAAUUCAGAUCCAUUUGGGGACACGUCCAAACUGGAUAAUGACCCAUGGGGAGCUCCAGCUGCAGCUCCAGCCAGUGCAGAUGAUGCAUGGGGUUCACCUGCUCCACCCGCAGAAUCCCCUACUAGUGACCCCUUUGGAGACGGAGCAUCUAAAACCAAUGAUCCGUGGGGUGCACCGUGCAACGCACCUAGCAAUGGCACAGGAAAGCGAACAACGCGGGAGGAGGACACGCAUAGAAAGACUGCUUCAUUUCUGGGCUCGGUGGGGGCGUCGCUGGUUGACUUGGACAAUCUGUUUUCCUCUAACCCCAAACAGCAGCCCCCGUUCAACACACUCGCCGCCCAGACACAAGCCAUCGGCAAUUUUAAAGUCAGGGGCAUGGCGUCAGACCCUGUGGUCAUUUCAGGGGCUGUUGCAGGGGUGUCCCUGUUUGAAGCAUCAGCCCAACCUGGCAGUCCUUUUGGUUCCAUCCGUGCCCCCUCUUACGGUGCAGCAUUUCCCACUUUUGGAGCUGCCAAUCCUUCCAGUGAGACUCCCCUGUUUCAGCUGCCACCCCUCUCCAGUGGAGGGUCUCAUUCUGGCUUUAAUAUGAUUCAGAUGGCUCCUCUGCAAAUGGUACAACCUGCUUCUGUAGGAGAGAGUUCACAGAUUGGAUUUAACAUGCACCCCACCAGGGUUGGAGUGGGCCUGUCUGAACCCUUUGUAUCAGGGGCAGGAAUGGUCCAACCCAGUUUCUUUGGUGGGGGUCAUCAGUUGGGAGGUUCCACUCUGCAACCCGGGGUUGGAAAUCCCUUGCAGCCACAGUUACGCUCAAGCAGCGGAGCGACCGUGAACAAAAACAAUAAUCCAUUCCUGUUCUGACAACUUGACCGUGUAAACCCUUAAUGAAAUACGUCCAAAAUGAGAAAGAUGUUUCAAUCAAAUUUUUGCACAUAAAGUUACAGGGACCACAUACGAUUUUGCAUGUUUGUCCUUGUAUAACAUGUAUACUUCAUGUAUUUAUCGCCAAACGUUUUCCAAAGCAUACCCAAUCGAGACUGCACAUUGCUUUGCUGAGUAUCUUCCAGGCAACUUUGUGGUUUCAGUUAUCUUCAUUAUAACUGAAUUAUGUAAUGUUACGUAAAACCAACAAGAGGGAACAAAUUUCUAUCUUAUGCCUUUCGUGCUAGUGUUAAAAUACCAUCAGCUGCUUUACUAGCUUUGUAGGCAGGUACUGUUAAGGAAACCCAUAUGGAAGACGUCACAAAGAUUGCUCAGAUUGCUUAGAUAAGUGUCCUAAAAUGCACUAAGAAGGAAGUUUGUAAUGAAGUUAGCAUUCAAUGAUUUGUUAUUCUAACAAAAACCAAAUGUUUGCUUUGUUGGACUGAAAUCGAUUGUAGCCCAGAAGAUACAGUAGGAAACAAUAUGAGCAUUUAUGGUAUACUCUUGGAAAAUGGGCAGAAGUAACAUAAAACCUGCAAAACCACUUGUAUAAUCCUUCCAGACAUCCAGCAGCUAAAUUAUAUCUUAUGCCUUUCUUGUCAGUGUUAAAAUACCAUCAGCUGUUAUACUAGCUUUGUAGGCAGGUACUGUUAAGAAAGCUCAUUUUGGAAGACAAUUUGGAAGGCAAACAAUAAGCAAACAAGGCGCCACUUACUCUCAAAGCUAGCCUAAAAUGCACUAAGAAAGAAGUUUGCAAUGACGUUAACGACAAAAACUAAAUGCUUGCUUUGUUGGACUGAAAUUGUUUGUAGCCCAGAAGAUACAGUAAGAGAAACAAUAUAAGCAUUUAUGGUAUACUUUUGGAAAAUGGGAGGUAACAUAAAAAAGAAGUAACAUAAAACAUGCUAAAACAUGCAAAAACUACUUGUAUAAAAUAAUUACAUCCAGCAGCUUCUCAGUUUAAACCUCUCUCUCUGUCCUCGAGACGGAGAGACACAAUAAUGGAACAGCCAGCCUUUUUUGUUUUGUUUUGUUUGUUUUCAUGCACAAGUCUAAGAAACCAAGAGCUCCUACGUGUGUGAGUGUCAGUGUGGAAACAUUAAAGGAUUACUGUUUGUUUUGUUGUUGUAUGAUUCUGUGACUGGACCUUAAAACACUGACAGAACUGAUGUGGGAAAUACGUCACUGUAGGUUUUCAAUUGAGUGAGCAUGUGUUUGUACAAGAUAGAGUGAGUGUGUGAGUGCAUGUGUGUGUGUGUGUGACCUGUAUGCACACAGUAUAUAUUGUGCUGAUGUAAAUAAUGGAAGUAAUCACAGAUAAACCUUGAAAUAUACUGUAUAUCAGAGUGUUACAAUCAUGAGUAAUUAUUUAUUGAUCUAUUUAUUGCUUGAUGAUUUAUUGAUGCAACAAUGCAGCAAAAAGGCCUCCAACAAAGACAAAGUUCAGGUUAACUCAUUAUUACAGUGUCAAUUUCGUCGUUGUGUGCUUUCAGACAGGUCAAUUACAUACAGUAUGGUGAGAAGUGUGUGAUUGGCUUUAAUCUUGAUUGGUUGUUCAAACACUGCAUAAUCAAUCAACUCAGUAACCAAUGGUGGCUUUAUCUUCCUUGUUUUAGAGUUGUAGUCGAUUCAUUGUGUAAUUCAACAUUGACUUCUCUGUAGCUCCUGCCGUUAGACAAGAAACAGAAAUGUAAUAUUGUGUGAUGUUUAGCUACAGCGUCGGCUAAAUAAAAAAUAUAUAUAAUUUGAACAACUUGUUUAAUAUAUGCAUGCUGUCUGAGGGGGAUUCUCCUUCUGUAAGUGUGUGUAUCUGCUCCCUAAUCUAUCUGGAGUGAUUAAUGAAAUAUUUGGUCAUGCACCUGUGUGGAAAAAAGACAAAUGAAGAUCUCAUUGGCCAUUUUAUUUGAAGUUUACCUGCAUCAGUUUAUGUAGUUUGGCAGACAGCUGCACUAUUUUAAUCAUUUUUUGGAAAACAUUGAAACGGUGAAUCGUAGCUUAUAUGACGUGAAAUCAAAGCCAUCCUGACAACAAACAGGACCAAUGACGUGUAAAAGGUCAGAUUAUGUUGAAUUGUUUGCAUUCUUUGUGUUUAAACAGGCUUGUACAAAACAUCUUGUAUGUUUGAUUCCUUUCUAAAUGUGAACUUGUGAUGGAAAAAUGUACUGAAAGACAAUAGACCGUUUAGUAGUGAAGGAUCAUAAUGAAGACCAAUAAUUAUUUCUCAGAUUUAAUUUUGUAUGAAAUGAAUUUAUUUUGCUGUGUAUUUAAAUUUGAGGCUGUGUUGUAAACUGUGACUGUGUACAGUAUGUUUGAGAAAUAAAAUGAUUACAGAAGUGA